AAAGUUUUAAUAGCCUAUUAAUAAAAAAUAGACAAUUUACAAGUAGUAAUAAAUUAAAUAAUAAAUUUGAUAAAAUAAUUAGAAAUGAAGCUAUUGGUAUUAUAGAUAGAGAAUACGAAAACUAUUUAAAAGAAAUGGAAAGAAAUAUUUCACUUAAAAUUUUUUUAAAAAAUACUUAUCUUUCUACAUCAUUAGGUUUUGGCGGUAGUGUUAUGUCUGGUUUAAUAUUCUCUCGUUUAAUAGAAGACUCAUCACAAGUAGGUAUUGCUCCAGCUUUGGUAGGUUUAGUGGGUGCCCUAGGUUCAAUUUGGCUAUUCAAUGGUCAAAAAGCAAAGUUUGAAACAAUCGAUGCCGUAUUUGAAUCAAAAAAAGAAAACAUCUAUGAAAAGUCCAUUAUCAAAAUUACCGUUCCACAAUACCCACCAAUGAUGAUAGCUUCAUUCAUUGGCCUUUGUUUAUCCAAUGGACUAAUAAUGUCACCUGCUCUUGCCAUCACACCUUCCGUUGCCAUCGCCAAAGCACUACUUAUGGGUGGCAUCGUAACCGCUGGCUCGUCCUAUUUUGCUUUAAGAAUGAAACCCGAUGCUAUGCAGCCCUACCAACCAGUUUUAUAUGGAUCGUUAUUUGGUUUAAUUGGUUUAGGACUCCUUUCCAUUGGCUCUCAUCUUAUUUUUGGUCCAAAUUUUUUCACUCAAACCGUAUCAUCCAUUGACCUAUAUGGUGGUCUCGCUCUAUUCACUGCUCUUAAUGCACUAGACACUCAAACUGCAAUUAAAGAAUUUAAAGAAACCGGAAAACCAGAUUUCCUCAGAGUUUCAAUGACAUUGGUAAUGAAUGCAAUCAAUAUCUUCGUUAGAUUACUUCGUAUCCAAAGAGAAAAUAACAAUUAAAUUAUAAUAACCAAAAUUU